AUUUACAGCUUCCAAAUAUUCUUAAAAUAAUUAUAGUAGUGCCACGUACACAUAAAUAUUUAAUAUCAUUAUAAUACUAAUAUUAUUUUUUGAAAAAUAUCUAUACCAUUUUUAUACGAUAUAAAAAUGCCUGUAGAAACAAUCGAUGAUCCAUCCAUAUGUGUGAAACCAAACACAAAAUUAAUAGACUUUGUUUGGAAAUACAUAUCCGAUGUAAAUGAUGCCCCACCUGGUAUUGCUACUUUAAAAAAGAGUAAUAGGAAGAAGUGCAAUGACGUUUUAUUGAAAUUAAGUGAUAUAAAUUGGUUAAAUAAUUAUUUACAAGAAUAUAGAAAAACUGCAGCUAAAAAAGUAUAUUUACAUGAAAUAUUAGAGGAUGUUGAUGUAAUAUUACCAACACCAAAAAUUACACCCAGAAAUCCUGAAUUGGAAGCAAGGAUACAAAAACUGACAGCGCAACAAAAUGCAAGAGAAUAUAAAGCUAUGACUAAAAGUAUUGAUUCCACACGAAAAGAUUUACCAGAAGAUACAUUGGCAUAUCAAAUGAAGCAAAUAAAUAAACAACUAAUUGCUGUUGCACAAUUUAUCUUCUCUGUAUUAGCAGGAUUUGCAUUUGGUUUCGUUGGAGUAGAAUUAAUAGUUGGUAAUUUAGAUUUUGGAUUUAGACUGUUACUGGGUAUAAUAUGUGCAUUAGUAAUUGCUUUGGCAGAAAUCUACUUUCUGGCUAUUAAGUUAAAUGAAGACUGUUAUGAUGUAUUUUCAACGCCUAAACCAACAAAAUUACAUCAAGAAUAAAAUGUAAAUCAUAUAA